UGGGGGUGUGGCCGCCGCCGUGGCCGCGGCAUGGAGGAGCGGCCGCCGCGCCGCUGAGCCGCCGCCAUGGCCAAGAGCCGCGGGGGCGGCGGGCCCGGCUCGCCCGGCGGGAGCCUGGCUGGCACCCGGGAGAGCUUGGCCGAGCCGGGCGGCGACGAGCUCAGCUCCCUCGGCUCUGACUCCGAGGUGAACGGCGGCGGCGGCCCCGAAGAGCGGCGCGUCGACAAGUUCGGGUUUAUCGUGGGCAGCCGCGGCGCCGAGGGGACGCUGGAGGAGGUGCCCUUGGAGGUGCUGCGGCAGCGAGAGUCCAAAUGGCUGGACAUGCUCAACAACUGGGACAAGUGGAUGGCCAAAAAGCACAAGAAGAUCCGGCUGCGGUGCCAGAAGGGGAUCCCCCCCUCGCUGCGGGGCCGAGCCUGGCAGUACCUCUCUGGGAGCAAGGUCAAGCUGGAGCAGAACAUGGGCAAGUUUGAUGAACUGGAUCUCCUGCCAGGCGAACCGAAGUGGCUGGAUGUGAUCGAGCGAGACCUCCACCGGCAGUUCCCCUUCCACGAGAUGUUUGUCUCGCGUGGGGGCCAUGGGCAGCAGGACCUGUUCCGGGUGCUGAAGGCGUACACCCUGUACCGCCCGGAGGAGGGCUACUGCCAGGCCCAGGCGCCCAUCGCCGCCGUGCUGCUCAUGCACAUGCCAGCCGAGCAAGCGUUCUGGUGCCUGGUGCAGAUCUGUGAGAAGUAUCUCCCUGGCUACUACAGCGAGAAGCUGGAGGCCAUUCAGCUGGAUGGGCAGAUCCUCUUCUCGCUGCUGCACAAGGUCUCUCCUGUGGCCUACAAGCACCUGAGCAAGCAGAAGAUCGACCCCAUCCUCUACAUGACGGAGUGGUUCAUGUGCGCCUUCUCCCGCACCCUGCCCUGGAGCUCCGUCCUGCGCGUCUGGGACAUGUUCUUCUGUGAAGGGGUGAAGAUCAUCUUCCGGGUGGGCCUCGUGCUUCUCAAACACACCCUGGGCUCCUCGGACAAGCUCAAGUCGUGCCAGGGCCAGUACGAGACCAUGGAGAGGCUGAGGGCCCUCAGCCCCAAGAUCAUGCAGGAGGCCUUCCUGGUGCAGGAGGUGAUCGAGCUGCCGGUGACGGAGCGUCAGAUCGAGCGGGAGCACCUGAUCCAGCUGAAGAAGUGGCGGGAGACGCACGGGGAGCUGCAGUGCAAGUCCCCCCCGCGCCUGCACGGGGCCAAGGCCAUCAGCGAGGCCGAGCCCCCUCCCCGCAAGGCGCUGGAGCCCGUGCCCUCCAUCAUCGUGCCCCCGGGGCCCGCCCCCGUGCCCAAGGCCCGCAAGAGCAAGGAGAAGAGCCGAGAGAAGAGCCCGGCCGGCCCCACCAACGGCCCCGGCGCCGAGGGCAACGGAGCGCCCGGCUCGGCCCGGGAGCUGCUGCACCCCCAGGUCUCCCCCCACCACCAGUCCAAGGAGAGCCUGAGCUCCCGGGAGAGCGAGGACACGUACUUGUAGGGCCAGCGUGGCCGUGGGGCCCCACGCCGGGCAGCUGGGCUGCGCACGGACCCCGGGCUCGAGGACGCCCAGCUGUGGGGGCUGUGUGGGGACCCUGACGCCCAGUGC